AUGGCGCCCACGACUUUCCCUUUGCUAUUCCUGCCCGUGCUGCUUACCGUAGCCCAUGGCGUCCCUCCGAUUAAGUUGCCGCCUCCUAUUAACAAUAUGCAAGCAACCGGCAUGGGACUCCAGUACUGUACUUUACCCAAAAGUGGCUCCACCAUAACAAAAAUCGUUCUCUGCGAAUUGGAGUUGGCGUACCGAAGAAAACCACAGCGGAUGAUGAGUGGGAAGAACAUGUCCGGGAAUACGGUUUGCACGAAUAACAAAUGGUUCCUGAAGAGUCAGGUCCGACGGUGGAACCCUAGACAACCCGGAGUGAAAUUUACACUUUUCCGUCACCCCGUUGACCGUGUGAUUUCUGUUUAUGGAGAUAUGUGCGGGCGAAAGCACUUUUGCAAGCAAAUGAGCAUCAACCAGUUUGUGAAGAACCUAUAUUUUCUGUACCGAGGCCGGAACAAUUUCCCCGGGCACAAAGCCGUCCAUCUCAGAUAUCAUGCCAUGCCGCAGGCCGCAUUCUGCAACUUGAAGGGACAAGCCAAAAACUUUGCCAUCGUUAAAUACAACUCUGACAAAGCAAGGAUGAAACGACAGCUCCACCGAAUCUUCGUCAUGGCCAAAGUCCCACCGCAUCUUUCGCAAAGAGCCCUGCGCCACAUUACUCAAUCCAGCACCGAGCACGCAAACAAGAAUCAUGCCCGGAAAUCAGACCUGAAGGAAAAGGUGCUGAACAACCCGCAAACCAUGAAAUAUUUGCAAGCCAUAUAUCACGAUGACUUCCGGAUAUGGAGGACCCUUAAA